AUGAAAGAGUCAGACAACGAGUCAGACAACGACGCUUUCAGCCAGCUCAGAAUCCUCGACCGGCUUGCUCCGUCAGCCCCUCCCGGGCUCAUAAACCACAUUACACAGCUUGAGUUUCCAUCCAAUCGUACCCUCUGUCGCGAUGACUCGUUCGCGGACAAGUCGCAGCAGCUACGGGACGUUCUUCGCGUCUCUCUCCGAGUAGAUGCGUCACCAGGGUGCGGAGGAAUUGCAUGGCCUGCAGGCGAGGUGUUGAGUAGAUACAUCGCACGACGUCCUCGAAGCAGUCUCCUUGGCAAGAAUGUCAUCGAACUCGGCAGUGGGACAGGGCUCGUUGGACUUGUCGCCGCGUCAUCCGGAGCCAGCCGUGUCUGGAUUACAGAUCAGGCCCCCAUGCUCGACAUUAUGCGCGAAAACGUCACAUUGAAUGGUCUCGGCGACACUACUCACGUAGUUGAAUAUAAUUGGGGCUUUCCAAAGCCCGAUGCGCUUCCUUCCCGCGCUGACCUCAUUCUCGCGGCAGACUGCGUCUACUUCGAGCCCGCUUUCCCGCUUCUUGUCGCGACGCUCUGCGACCUAGUCCCAGUGUGUGGUUCCUGCACGGAGGUCCUAUUUUGCUACAAGAAACGAAGAAAGGCUGACAAACGAUUCUUCACACUUCUAAAAAAACAUUUCGAGUGGAAGCAGGUUGAUGACGACCCGGAUUUUUCUAUCUAUUCCCGCGAUGCAAUUUCUCUAUUAAGUCUGACGAGGAAACGUUAGCGCUUUCAUAUGUAACGCGCAGCAGAUACUCGGUGGAUUCGCGUUCAACCUAUCUGGCAAGACGGACUUUCCGGUGCAUGGAAGCAGAGGAUAGGUUUGCUUAGAGACUAGAAUGAAGCGAAGAAACGGAAGACUCGGCGAUGGAAUCGAUGCGGUGUAUACAUACCAGCGCUUGUAAAAGUUUUUUACUUAUUCUUUUGGGUACCAGUGAAGUAAAUUUAACAGAGCCUCUGUCACAGCAUUGAUUAAAGCGACAUGUGGCUCCUUGUACUGCUAAUCCUAUACAGUAUUGCUGCAUGUACUAGGUCAGUCGCACAAAUUUUAAGAUACAUCGAUUUGUGAUCAU